AUAGUUGCAUCUAAUUGUAACGUCAAGUGAUCUAUUGUUAAAUAUCAUUUGUGUACUCAUUAAGGUUUAAUUAACAGUUUCGUUGAACCUUGCAACUUUUCGUGAAUAUUUGCAACGGCAGGUGGCCGGUGUUUAAUUCAGUUUAAUUCAGUUCGAUUCGGUUGUAUGUAACACACGGCCCCAAAAUUCAGACUUAUUAUCUAACGUGUUUCAUUUUCAUAAUAAUAAGUUUCUCAUUUCCGGUGUUCGCAAAUGAAAUGGCAUGGUCUGGGAGAUUUCAAGCGAAAAACAAUCAUGAUCUCAUACAAUAUCUUAAAAAAUCCAAAGCAAUUACAUCCGACAAGGUCUAUGAUGCAAUGUCUGCUGUAGACAGAGGGAAUUAUACUCAUUCCAAAUAUGCAUAUAUUGAUUCUCCACAAGGAAUUGGUUAUGGUGCUACAAUAAGUGCUCCUCAUAUGCAUGCAUAUGCUCUGGAGUUACUUGAAGAGAAAUUGCAUGAUGGCGCAACAGCAUUAGAUGUUGGAUCUGGUUCUGGGUAUUUGACAGCAUGUAUGGCAAUGAUGCUAGGACCAAAUGGACUUGCCAUAGGUAUUGAACAUAUUCCUGAACUUAAAACAUUUGCUGAAAAAAACAUUCAAAAGGAUAAACCAGAACUUCUUAACAGUGGCCGUGUUGAAUUUGUUGUUGGAGAUGGAAGAUUAGGAUACCCUGAAAAAGCACCUUAUAAUGCAAUUCAUGUGGGAGCAGCAGCUAAAGAAAUGCCACAGGCUCUGAUAGACCAGUUAGCUCCUGGAGGACGUCUAGUAUUACCAAUGGGCCCAGAAAAUUCAGAUCAAACAUUAGUGCAGGUUGAUAAAACAAUGGAUGGAAAGAUUAAGAAAAGGUCUCUUACUAGUGUUGUUUUUGUACCAUUGACUAGUAAAAAUAGGCAAUAUCCUUCAUGAAAUUUAUGCAUGCUCCAGUGAGUGAGCUUUUUUUCUGGAUAUGACUAGAAGCAAGUGAUCAAUAAAAUACAAUUUAAUGUAUAUUAUUGGUAUGCUCCAAUACAUAAGUACUUUCCUAUUUGUAGGUAAUGUAUUAUAUUUCUAAUCAAAAAAAUUGAU